CACACAUACACUCACACACCACCGUACUGUCUGUAUACAGCAUGCUAUAAUAGAGAAGGUAUGUACUGUUGAUAUGUUUGGCAGUGCGCGCAAGCCCUUUACUUUGUGUCAGUCGGGGGCUUCUUGAUGCAACGAGGCUACGGAGGACUGUAGUGUAAAGCGGAUCACACACCAAGAAAAGAGAGAGAGAGUGAGCGCGAGAGAGAGAGAGAGAGAGAGAGAGAGAGAGAGAGACGAGGCAGAGUAGAGUUGUGGAGGGAGGUGGAGAGAGGGAAAGCGCCAGAGAUAUUUAAUUAGUUUUGUAAGUAGGCUAAGUUUUGCUGUCUGAUUGAACUUCUGUCCCCUUAAAAAUUCUCAAGCAAACAAAAAUAUAAGUGCCAGCACAUCAAUCGAGAUAAAAGGUGGACUAUUGUUGUGGUAAAAUGCUUAAUUGCGAGCACAUGCAUUAAUCUAAUUUAAAGAAGAAAGGGCAACGAAGAUUUUGGAAGCAAGCAGGUGCCCACACGUUCGACUGCUCGGGCCAAACUGGUGCACUGCCGCUGCCUCAGGGCACCUCCACCCUCCCUCCCUGGGCUGAGAGCUGCAGCCCCAUGCACACGGACCCCCCUCCCUCUGUCGGGUGACGCUGGUGGAAGGACGCAGGGAUGAGCAGCAACGGGGCAGGGAAGGCGCCGUCACCACCGGCCGAAGCUGAGCCCCCCGCCGAAACCCCGAGAAGGGGGAGGGGGCGGCCUCGCAAGCCGCAGCAGGAGCCCACUGGCCCCCCGACCCCAAAGAGACCCAGGGGACGGCCCCGGGGGAGCAAGAAUAAGGGCCCUCGCGCCGUAACCAAGAAAGCAGAGCCGGUUGGGGAGAAGAGGCCCCGGGGAAGACCAAGAAAGUGGCCGCAGAAAGUGGUUGAAGAAAAAGGAGGGCAGCAGGGUGAAGCGGAGGAGGCGAUGGAGGGUCCCUCUCAGGCUCCGCCCCCUGAAGAAGGAGAGUAGGCUCCACGGCCCACACCUACCUCACUGGCUGGGUGGCAGCAGGCAGGAGGGAAGCCCUGCACCCAGUGAGCCAUGAAGAUUGCAAAACAGGAAAAUAAUAGUUUCUCUCCUUUUUUGGCUUAUUUUUACAUGCAAAACAAAAGAUUAUAUCAAAAAAAAAAAGCUGCCACUGCCAAGGUAGGCCUCUGCCUGCUACCGCUGUGGGGCAGUCAAAAUGGCUGACGACCGUCAGCCACUGUCCUUUUCUACUCCCUUAAUCCCCAUACCUUUUACUGUUUAAAACUGUGUUUCUCAUUUGUUUCAGUGUAUACUGUAGAAGCAAAAGGUAUUUUUGUAUAAUCAAAAAACUAUCAAAUGUACUGUUUACUUACUAUGUUUGCAGGGCAGCUGCCGCACUGAAUCAUAGGAAUGAGAAUCUUGCUUUGUCUCGACCCUGUUUUGCCCGUAUUGCAUUUCAGCAAGGGCUGGGUUGAGGUUUCAGGGGCCCAACAUGUUGGCACUUCUGUAUCUGUUUCUAUAAAUGACCAGUGUGCUCUUAAGCCUCAUGCUCCCCACUAGCUGAUGCCAUCCCAGCUCUGGCAGAGAGAAAGAACAGUCUUUUGGCAUCCGGCCCAAUAUGCCAACAAUUAUCCACAAACCUUGAGUCCACUUUCACAAUGUUAACUGAGGCAAUUGGAACAGGAUCUUCCUUCAUGUGUGUGUGUGUGUGUGUGUGUGUGUGUGUGUGCAUGUAUGCAUCCUGGUGUGCUUGAGUGUGUGUGCUCAUUUGCGUGUGUGAAUAGACAGGGUGUGUCUGGUACGCUGUUCCUAGAGCCAUGUCCCUCUUUGAUGAGAUCACAUUGGCGGGUGCUCCAUAUUGGGUGGGCUGGUGGGGGAGCGGAUGGCUCCUCUCAUCAGGAAUUUGGCAUGGGUGUUCUCUGUCCUCAGAGCUCACCCACAUCAUCUCAUACCACAUGACUUAAACAGGGGUCACGACCCCCUUGACCUCAAUCACAGGGAACCUGCACUUGAAAUUGUAUUCCCCCCAGUUGGGAAUUGAAUAGGAGAAUAUGUUUUAUUACCAAAUUCAGACAGAUAACACAAUCACUGCCAGCAUUCUUCUGUUCUUCUGUGCAUAUGUUUACCAGUUCACUUUUUACAUGACCUCUCACCUCGUUCAGGUACUCGUUUGUACUCAUUCAAACUUCAGGUAUUUUUGCAUAAAUAUUUUGCUUUACUAUAAUAAUCAUUCAGGAUCAUAUCUCAUUGUAUUCAGUCACAAUAUAAGUUUUGUGAUAUGUGUGUAUUAUUUUCAAAUAUUGUUUGCAAGUCUUGAUGUAACAGAUCACACAAAAACCUCAGUACAGGGGUACCAUGAGGUCCUGGCCCCCCCUGACCUCCCAUUCUACCUCAGCCACAGCAAGGAUCGGAGAGGAGCGCACUGAUACAUCCCCAAACACACAAACGCACAGACACACACAGCUACUACUCAGAAUAGGACAUGGUUCUCUACACAUUUACCUGCCAUCCCGGACAAGACCCCCAGAGCAGUCACAGUGCACUCCAUUCAGACUCACAUGUACGGCUGCUCCAUCUUCUCCUAUCUAAAUUCAGCAUUUGUGACUCUAGUAGAGAUUCUGCUUUUAAAAAAAUAUUGUAUCUUGUAUUAUAAAUCAUUUCGUGGUCAUGCUUUUACUUACCAAGGCAUUGAUGCUGCGGAUAUGUGUUAAGUGCUGUUAAUGUGACAGUUUGCCAGUGCAAAGUAUAUGACUGUUAAGAUGUCUGCAAUUACGAUGCCAUUAUAUCAAUGUCCUUGUGGAACAUGAGUCAAACUAGCCCUAUCUAGUGCAAUUAGAGCCAGAAGUUGCUGUUACCAUGACUACAUGGGUGACAGGAACAGCACCGACUUUGUUGUAUUCUAAAGGCAAUGAGUGUGACAUGACACAAACGAGUGAAUGAGGAUGGGGAAAGAUCAGUUGUCAAGGACAACGUGCAGGUGUUUAGGCUCUCUUAAGAGAGUCUAGUCCCCAUGGCAGUCUGCAUGUUUUAGUAAAGCAAUUGGGAAAAUAAGGCCAAAAUCAACAUCUGCUUAGACUCAUGUAAGACUCUUGUAAGAUCCACCUCUGCAAUUAGAGGGUGUGCAUUUUACAAAAUGAAAUCAAAAGGGUAUCACCUGGUCUGCCCCAGGUCAAAUUAUUUUGGUUUUGGCUUGACUUAUCUCUCUUCUGGUCAUUUCUAGGGCCAUUUUAAAGACAUGAUUUUUUUGAGCUGUUUGGCUGGUGAAAUCUGAAAGCUAUGGCUGGAGUGGCUGGGUUCCUGGCCAAGCUUAAGUUGGAUGGUUGGUGUCAGGUGGCUUUGGAGUAUACGGACACCAUGGUGAAACCCUGCCCCCUAUUCAGACUCCUGUUUAGAGUGAUGUUCUGUCAUUUAGGAGGGUUUUGUCUGUGCGGUCCUGGAGCUCCAUGUUGUGAGGGUUUAUGGGAAGGUUUUGAGAAGUGAAGAGUGGGGUUGUCAGUUGUAUAUGUAAGUGCUUGUAUCAGGGUCUUUUAGCAUAGAUGGGCCUCUCUGUUUUCCGGCCUUCCCACCUGUAGAAAUCGAUAUUCAUUUUUCAAAUAGCUUUCCAGUUCUAAUCUGUUUUUAUUAUCUGCCUUUUGUGGGAGCAUCUGGUCCCCGCUUUCUCCGUACCUGUUCCUUGUAUUCUCUUAAAUGUCCACUCUUUUGAGUUCCACUCCACAAAAUUGUCUUUCCUUUGCUUACCUCCCUUCAAAAUAUGAAUUUUAUAUUUGUGUGAUAGGUCAUGCUGCAUUUUAUAAGUAAACGAGAUUUGAAAUGCAGAGAUAUACCUUAGAUUAAAUUGUCAGAUGCCAAUGUAAAAUAAGAUGGCAUAAAUUAAAUAAUCUAGUUUUAUCUUUAACUUAAAGAGGCUUCUAAGUUACCUGUGAUGGUUUUGGGCUGGGUUGUGUGGAGACAGGGGACAGCUCAGUACCCAUAAUGCCAUUUAUGUUAUAAAGGCUUGUAUGUAAUAGUCAUUCAUGCAAUUGACUUUUGGAGGAAUAGUAUAGAGAAUAUUUUGGGGUUUUUUAUUUUCCCUCUGGCUACCAUGCUAAUUUGAAUGGCAUGUGUCCUCCUUCAGGUGUUCAUUGAAAAAAGUUCCAUUCCAAGAUAAAGUUGCUGUGAAUGGAAUGGAAUGGUUAGAAAUGCAUUUCUUUAAUUUCACAGCCAAAAAAAUCUACAUUUAUCAAUUCAAAAACAAUAUAUAAAAAAAACUUUUAUAAUGCUUACCAAAAAAUGUUCAUUUGAUUUGACGGCAUAUUGCCUUAAGUAUUCAUAAACUGAACAAGUACUUGAGUAUUCCAGUAGUGUGCAGAAAAGAUGCUAUAUUAGUUAGCUUCUCUUUCAUUCUUUUUCCCUAUUUUUUUUAAUUUCACAGAGUAGUCUUUUCUGACUGACAUUCAUUUUCAGGUGCUGAUGUGACUCUCUUUUAUGGUUCGUACUGUAGUUGUGAAGGUCAGUGUGUAUAAAGAUACCAUUGGCUGCUAUAACUCACUCAGACAUGCUCAAGGAUCACUAGGCGCCUCAGGGACAAACGUACUGCUUUACAGAUCUGGUCAGUUUUGGUACAGACUUUCAGUUUCUGUAGUUCACAUAAACAUCUCUAACUGUGUACUGGAUACCCUCAUCUGGGGUUCCAGUCAACUGCUCUUGAAGGGCUUGUGCAGUGUCCCUGUGUCCUUCAGGCUGGUUUAUGAGAAUUCAUUUUCCAACAGUGUACCACCAGAGGACACUGUGCUCAGCAGGUUCCCUUGUUAAAAAAAUUGUGAUUGAAACUGUUCAUUUUAAUCAGCUUUACAGUUUUGUAGUCUCACAUUUGGAGGUGAGAAUUAUGGUCACUUACUAGCACUCAAUAGAGCUUUACUCCAUAUCUGCCACCAUCUGGAUAGCUCUUUCUCUCUCUCUCUCUCUCUCUCUCUCUCUCUCUCUCUCUGUUUGUAUGUGGUGUGUGUGUGCAUGUGUGUGUUCAAGGUUAUCAAGAAACCAUGUGCUUUUCAAAUGUCCCUCUUCAUGUAAAGGUUUUUAAGACCCUUGGAGACUUUUUGUUAUUAUUAUUUUAAGGGGAUUUUUAUUUGCCUUGGUUUUCAUCUCUGUUUCAUUGCAGAGAAAUUAAAGGGUUUGUCAGUCUUUUAAUUGCUUUGAUUUGAUGUUUUCAGCCCACUUCUUUUAUGGUGGGCAGACAGUGGCCUCUGUUGGACAUUUGCUGUAAGUACAGGGUUUUAACUCUUAUCCCUCUGGAGGACAUUUUCACGCCUCUUUAAUGAUGACAGUUGUUUUGUUCCUGUUUUGGUGUGCUUUCAUUUUGUUAAGAGAGAAAAAUCAUCCUAUUAGUUAUAAUGCCCUUAAGUGUGUUUUUUAUGUCUUACUGAAAAACUCGGUGCUAAUCUAUCAUAUAACUUGAAAAAGCUUUGCAUGUGAUUCAAAGUCCUCAAAGUUUGCCAUGAGAUGAGGUCAGUAAAAUCAUGCUGGGCUUCAGGGCAUGUAUCCAUGAGAUAAACAUGUGAUAAUUCAGCUACUAUAGACUGGUUGGGCUACUGAACUGUGCUUCCUGACUUUGAAAGCAAAUACUGUAUUUUUCUGUCACAGAAAAACUACUGCACAGCUUUCCAAUCAAAUGAGUGAUUGCUAGAUUAAGAUACACUUUCUCAGAUGAUCAAAGAGAAACCUUGAAUUAAGACUUGAUUUACUUGCCAAAGCUUGAACAGUACUCAUUCUCAUCAUGUAUUAUGGGUUUCAUUAUAUCUGUCUCAGAAAAAUAGUUCUCCCUGUUGGAAGUGGACUCAGUUACAUGUACUACUGUUUCAAUUGUGUCAGCACCAUGAGAGUUUCGGCAUGUUUGCCACUACUUUAGUUAUUCAUUUUCUUUUCAUCUUGUAAUUCUCAAAUUUUGGGCAUCUUCAGGUAAAUGCAUACAUACCAAUUGUGGCAUUGAUGUAAGCGCUAUGUUUGAGGCUGGGCCAGGCUGAAAGCGAAAGAGAGAAGAGAGAGAGUCCCAUUGUAGGUCCUCUGGCAUUGCAGUCAACAUGCAGUGAGUGUAAUACGUGUAGAUAUGAAACCUUUAAGGACUGUGCCCUUGUGUGCCCUCUGUUUAACUUUGCGUGAACUCAUCACUCAUGCUCCCUGAUUAUUUUCCAUAGAUUGCUCUAGGAUUUUCCCUGGGCAAAUACAGGCAGUGGUAUCAUUCAAAGGCAUCUAUAAUUACUUCCUAAAAACUGCCAGCAGUUCACCAUUAUUAAAUACAUUUUAAUUUGAUCUUUAAAUCAAUGAUCAGUUUAUGGGAAAAGUAAGUGAACAUUCAAAAUGUGAACCCGAAGAAAGCGUUUGGCAUUUGGAAAAAGUUUGUCCUGCCAAUUCACAGCAAGCCUUGCACGCAGACUCUCACAUUGAUCAUCAUGGAAUGUCCCAGAAAAUGUUUUCCCUGGGUUUUUAAAGGUGCCUUCGCCACUGCUUUCAGAAAGGGCAGAUGCAGUGCAGUGUAGGGCAGAGUCCUUCCUCAUCGUCACCAGACCAUGCUUACGACCGCUGUAGAUCCUGUGGACUACCUCUAAAACAGGGGUGCACUGAACCCCCUCUGCUCCCCUUGUGCUGUCCUCCACACUGCUCUUCUCAAGUGCUGGGUGUACCCAUCCCACAGAAAUAAUCUGCCUUUCUGAUGCUUUUGUGUGCCAGCUAGCUAUUCAUGCAACAAAGAACAUGGGGAAAGGUGCCUUACCUCUCAUUCCAUACUGUUAACCAGGGGAAAUUGCAAAGUAAUAGGGAGAGGCCUUAUGCAUAAAUGCUUCAGAAUUCAUAUGAUUGUACAUCCCCUCACAGUCAUUUGCAGAUUAUAAUUCUCUCAAUGCACUGACCAAGCAUCAAACAGCCAUGAUGACUCAUCCUCCACUGAUAAGUGAGUGGCCACUGGAGAGUCUUGAUCAGUCAGGAUCUAGCCCUUCAGUGGCCAUGCUUUCCUGUAUAGUGAGGGGUUGUGCAGCUAUUGGCAUCCUGGUAGGAAGGUCAUGACUAUGCAUAGAAUAGCUGCCUGGCAUCUUUGAACCAAAUUCAAGAGCAUUGCAAGUCAAUUUAAAUGUGAUUUUUUAAUGUUUAUUUUUCUGUCAUGAAUUUGGACCUAUUCGAUAUGGCCAAGAUUGGUCUGCAUCCACGUGUUGGCUCUCAAUGAGUACACAUCCUGUCUAUCCAUUCUUAAAUGUAUGUCUGGCAUCAGUGUAAAAUGUUCUCAACCAGUGGGUGGAUGUUGUGUUGUCAUCCUGCCUGUGGAGGGCAGUACAGCAAACAUCCCCUCAGGAAGACAAGCACUAGGAAGGCAGGGCAGUGCACCUCUGUAGAUCGAAGCCACGACCGCAUACUUCUUCUCUUAAUACCUCAGCAAUGUCAGGAUACUCAUCUAUUUAUACUGCCAGUGGUGGCCUGUGAGCCAGCAGGAGCAGCACAAGAAUUGAGAUAUAUAUUUUGGGAGAUGAUUUUAUGUGCGCGUUCCUGACUGGCUGCAAUGCCUUGUUUUAUAAUGAAGAUUUUUUUUAUAAGAAAUAUUGUUAUUUGUUUUUAUGACUUGUGUUACAAUUCAUGAAUUCUAAGCCUUUUUAGUAUGACAGCUCUGUAUGGUAAAAAUAUAUUACUUUCUAUGAUUUUGUUCCUUAGUGUAUCUUUACUUGAACUCAUGACAUUUAACCCUUUUUAUUUGAUUUGUUCCAUUUUGUCUCUUUAACACUUAAAGAAAAUGUCUUGUUUCUCUAUAUGAAUGGCUAUUUUUCUGUCCACAUUAAAAAUAUUACUUAUUGCAAAA